AUAUUGAAGAAAUCAGUCUAACUCCGUUAACUGUGGGAUAUAGAUAUAUCUAGAAUAUUAGUUUUCGAAACGCAUUAGAAAAACAUGGAAGAUGUUAACAAUAACUCAUCGGCACGAUCCUAUUCAGACCGUCCUGCAUCCCGAAGAGGUUUAGGUCCAACUAACAAUCUAUUUGCUUCAAAUAACACAACCACCUCAGCAACGCCUAGCCCUGUUGCCAUCAUAAGACCCGGAACUGCUUUGAAACCACCUUCUGCAUUGCGCUCUGGAACUGCAAGUAGGCUCUUGGCAAAUAAUGGAAUUUCUAUGAUUUCGUCGACAUCCCAACGCAUUGGAACAGCUUUAGGAAAUGCUGGAAAUCGAAUGGCAGACCGUCCAAUUACACAGCAUGGCAUCAGUGGCCUUUCGACGUCUUACGGACGUCUUGGAACUGCUGUUAGUAGUAAUCGUCAAAUUAAAGACAAACGCUACUGGCAAGCAUUAUUACAAAGCAAAAUUCAAGAAAUCAAUCAAGAAACAACAAAGAUUUUGAAGGAAAAAAAGUUUCUCGAUCGUGAACGAUCAGCUAGAAAGCUGUACGAGAAACGUGUAAAAGAAGCUGCAAAAGAAUUGACAAACCUACAAUCCACCCUAACGUCGAUGAAUUUAGCUUUGGACAACUGUACAUCGGGUAUGACACGGCAACAUCUAUUAAACGAAACGGUAGCAUUACGAGAACGCAACGAGCACAUUCAGGAACAGUUGGAGGUCAUAUUCAAGCAGCGACAACAAAAAGACAUCGAAAACAAGGCACUGGAACGAAAUACAGAACAGGAGAAAAAUAAGGUGAUUGAAAUGAUCAAUUCGCUACCAGAAGAGGAUCAGCACAAAUAUCGGGAAUACCAAGCUUUGUCGGAAAAUCUUCGCAAACAGAAUGCCAUUUACCAUAGCCAGAUAAGCGAGAUGGAAAAACAAAAGGACAGACUUAACACAAUGAUUAUGAACUCACAAUCUCGUUCUGAAGCACAUCGUCUAAAAUCAAAGUUGAAAGAAUUGCUAAACAAACGAAAUACUUUACGAGAAGAGGAAAACAAUCGCCUCUCGCCAGCUCAGGAGCGCGAAAAACUAAUCAACGAUGUACGAUCCAACAACCAGGCGCUAGCUAGUAUUGGCAAGCAACUAAAGAUCGUUGAAGAUCAAUUGAUAGAAAAAAAAGAAACAUUACAGCAGAUCGACCAAGAUCUUGAAGAAGGAAACUCCGAGCGCCAUGUAAAAUACAAGGAACUUAAAAAACGAGAUGAUGUAAUGUCGGCAUUUAUGGACACUUUUAAAAGCAAUAUGAAUCAGGAACAGCAAUGUAUAGAUACGCUGAAAAAUCAAAUCACGUAUGCUAUUGAGCAAAUUACAAUGCAAGGAAUCAACAUGAACGGGAUGUAUGAUGCGAAACUAGAAGGAAACGGAUUUACAUCUAAGAAUGAUCUUAAUUCUCACUCGGGACUGAUGAAGGAAUACAAAAAGCUUGGCAUACAACUCAAGCAACUCCAAAUAUUGGAAAAACGUACAGUGCAGCAAAUGAAUUCUCUACGCCAGGAAGAAACAGAGGCUCUGCAAAGUAUUCAAAAGUAUGCUAACUUGGAAAUACCUCGAUCCGAGGCAAUUGCAAAAAUGAAUGAGCUUACCACCAUUCUGCAAGAGAUGGAAGAUAAAAAACGUGUUACAGAAAAUGUGGUCGAUGAAGCUCGCAAUAGAAAUCAUGAGAUAAAGAUUAAUCUGAAAAGUAACGAUACAUAUCGACAAAUUUCUCAUCUUGAAGAUAAGCUGAUAGAUUUAAUGAAGGACAAUAAAGUGCUUCAAGAAACAGUGAAAAACAUACAGCAGGAAAACGACUACUCGAAAACACGUACUGAAGUGCAUGAAUUAGUAAAUGAACACAAUACUCUUUUAAUUUUGUAAAUUUAAAUUCGACAGUGUUUCUUUCCAGAGGACUCAAACAAACAACCAAAAAAUCAUGAUUAAAUCGAUAUCAAAUAUUAUUCUUCUUCUUCUUUCGCUCAACAACCGU